UAAUUAAUAUCAAAAAAGCUAAAAAUACAAUUUAGCAGAAAAACAAAAAACAGAAAAACAAUUACCUGCCAAGAAGAAUAUGAAUAACUUCCAUGGCUCGUGAAGCUCUGAAAUUGAAGUGACAGCUCCCUCUGUGUAUCACCACGAAGCACACACUCUCCUCCGGUUCUUUCUUCUCUCUGUUCAUUUCUCAUAUAGAAAUCAGAAAUCAAUUCAUUUUCUCUAAUCCAUCACCAAUCAUGUCUCCUCCUAUCUCGCUGUAUUCGUACGUCAAAAUACGGUUCAUCAAUCGCGUCCGCCGAUUCCUGCGCUCCAAAUUAUCGCGAAAGCGAUUCCGCAUGCCGUCUGAUCCAUCGGAUAUUUCGAGGACCAAAGUUAGGGAAAAGGAAGAAGGUAUGAUCCGGAAGUAUGAUCGGGCCUACGUGUUGCAGUUGCAGAGGACAGUGAAGAGUCUCCACUUCGGUAACGGAGAGGAAAAAGAGAAGGCAGCCAUGGAUAUUGGGAGGUUGCUUAAAGAGAGYGCGAAGGUUAGAAAAUUGAUGGUGGAUCUCGGAGUUAUACCUGCUCUGGUGGCGAUGGUGGAUUCCGAUCAGUUGAUGGCGGGGGAGAGAAUUCAAGCGGCGGUUAGGGCGUUGAUCGAGCUUGCUAACGAUAGUUUCCUGAAUAAGACACUAAUGGUGGAAGAAGGAAUUUUAUCAAAGCUGCCAAAAAAAGCCCAAUUCACUGCAAUUGACUCAUCCAGCCAUGAAUUUGCAGAACUUUUGUUAUCACUUUCUUCUCUAGCAAACACCCAGUUAUUUCUUGCUUCAACAGAGCCAGUUGUUUUAUAUCUCGUAACCAUACUCAAUUCAGAAUCCAACCCCAAAACCAAAACUUCUUGUUUGGCAACUUUAUUCAACAUUUCCACCGUCCUAGAAAAUGCAGAAACCUUAAUCUCCAACGGGGUUGUUCCAACGCUACUCAGAUUUUCCUGUGUAAAAGAACUUUCCGAGAAAUCCCUGCCGACGCUAGCAAACUUGGCAGUAACCUCAAAGGGAAAGCAAGCUCUUGAAAGCAACUCACAAUUCCCACAAAUUUUGAUAGGGAUUUUGACAUGGGAAGAGAAACCCAAAUGCCAAGAACUCUCAGCUUACAUCAUAAUGAUUCUGGCCCAUCAGAGCCGGGCGCAAAGGGAGAGAUUGGCCAAGUCCGGGAUCGUCCCCGCGCUGCUGGAAUUGGCCCUUUUAGGAACUCCAUUGGCUCAAAAGCGAGCUCUGAAACUUCUUCAAUGGUUUAAAGACGAGAGGCAGGUGAGGGUGGGGCCGCAUUCUGGGCCUCAGACAGGAAGAGUUACAGCAGGCUCAGCAUUCAAUAUGAACGAGAUUGAGAAAGGGAAGAGGAUAAUGAGAAGCUUAGUGGAGCAGAGUCUGUAUAAGAAUAUGGAGAUAAUAACUCGACGAGCCAAUGCCGGGGAAGUGGAAUGUUCAACAAUUAGGAGGACCUUGGUUUCUAGCACCAGUUCCAAGAGCUUGCCUUUUUGAAAGAUUAUAAAAUCCAGACCAUAUUUAUGAACUUUCACGUUCCUGUAAUGUAUUAUCAUCUUCUGCAGGUCAAUCAAGUGGGACGAAAUCCAGAAAUUUAAAAACUUGGACGGACACAAAAGCCA